GGGAGGGCAAUCUUGUCCGGAUGCUAAUAAGACCCAAUGGCUGGCGCAAGGUGGCCAGGAGCGCCGAGACGCGACCGAGGAGGGUGCACGAAGGAGAGGGAAGCUCUUAAAAGAAGCGAGAAAUUAGGACGCAAAAAGAGAAAGAGAGAGAGAGAAAAAGAGGAUGACUGCGCCAGAGGAGGGUUUCAUGGUCAGGGAGAGCGUCGGACUUUAGGUGUGUGCUUCCUUUAAGGGAAGCCGGAGAGGAGAGGGACGCGGUUUGUGCACUGUCGGUUCAUUUUCAAAUCUCAGCACCAGCAAUCCAUGAUCUGGAAUGGACCAAGAUCUGACCCUCAUUCAGCUGCUGUCAUACACCUGGAACUGGGCCGUCACCCUGCUGAGCCUCUGAGCUCCCACCCUCCCCAAUGAAGCAGUUCUGGUGGGCCCGCCUGGCACCGCUCGGCCUGCUCGUUGCCUGCACCUGCCUUGGCGUGGUACAGGGAUGCGGACCGGGUCCCGGGUACGGCAUACGCUCCAGGCCCAGGAAGCUCACGCCCAUGCGCUACAAGCAGUUCUUCCCCAACUUCUCGGAGAACACCCUCGGGGCCAGCGGCAGGGCCGAGGGCAAGAUCUCCCGCAACUCUGAGCGCUUCAAUCAGCUGGUGUGCAACUACAACCCAGACAUCGUCUUCAAGGAUGAGGAGAACACCAGCGCAGACCGGGUCAUGACCAAGCGAUGUAAGGACUGUUUGAACAGGCUGGCCAUUGCCGUGAUGAACCAGUGGCCAGGGGUACACCUGCGCGUGACCGAGGCGUGGGACGAGGACGGUCACCACCCUCCAGGCUCCCUGCACUACGAAGGCCGGGCCGUGGAUAUCACCACGGACGACAGAGAAACGAAGAAGUACGGUAUCCUGGCUCAGCUGGCUGUGGAAGCGGGCUUUGACUGGGUCCACUAUGAGUCCAGGUAUCACGUCCACUGUUCGGUAAAAGCUGAUAAGUCUGAAGCCGUGGAGAGAGGCGGCUGUUUCCCAGGCUGGGCCCGGGUGACCGUUCCUGGAGGGAGGCAGAAGACUCUGUCAUCGCUGGCCCCUGGCGACAGCGUCCUGGCUCUGUCUGGAACAGGCCGGCUCGAGUACAGCCAGGUCCUGCUGUUUCUGCACCGGGACCGGGAGAGACGGUCCACCUUUGUGUCUCUGGAGACGGACGGCGGCCGCCGGCUGGUCCUGACUCCACAUCAUUUAAUGUUUUUAGACCCUGACUGUAGAAGCAGCGAGUAUCAGGCUCGGUUUGCCGGCAGAGCCAAGGUCGGGGACUGCGUCCUCAUCACGGCGGCGGGGGGUCGAGCGGAAACCUCCCGAAUCGUGUCUGUUUCUCUCACUGAAAGCGUGGGAGUGUUUGCGCCUCUGACUGAAGCUGGAACUCUGUUUGUGGACGGGGUGCUGGUGUCCAGCUACGCGCUGCUGGAGGACCACAAACUUGCACACUGGGCCUUUGGACCUUUGCGACUUCUCCACUCCCUGGGCCGGUUAUUUCGGGGUGAAACGGCGAAGGAAGAGCAAAAAGCUUGCACUAAGACUGGAACACACGUUGGCACUUUGGCACCAAUGGACCGAGCAGGUAUCCGCAGACGAGGCAAUCUCAGCGAGCCUCUCGCGGUGAAAGACGAGGAGCAUUGCUUCUUGAAGAUGUCCGACGUACACUGGUAUGCUAGAUUACUCUACAGAUUUGCGUGCGUCUUUUUAGACUCGGACAUUUUCCAUCCUUAAGAAGUUAGAACCUGCAGACUUAUACUGCAGGCCAUACCUCAUGUAAACUGGCUGUUUUUUCUCUUCAAAUAAGAAAAAAAAAAGAGACACUGGCAUAGCUGGCUGGCUUUAUACACUACUGUUUGUAUGCUAAUCUACUGUAACGCUUAACAUAAGCAGUAUGUGAGAUACGUUGAAUAAUACAAUUAUUGGUCAGAGAAGGUUAAUGACAAAUAUGACUGUAUAUCAGCCGGUAUCUGUACAGCCGCUGUCGUUUUACGGUGAAAGAAAUGUAAAAAUCUAAUGGGAUAGGAAUGAGUUUCCUGUAAAACAGAAUCUUUAUUUUUGUACUUCGUGAAUCAUAAUAUAUAGAGGUUGCAUUUUAUUAUUGUAAUAAUAAUUCCACAACUUGUAUUGUAAGCACUGACUUGGUAUCAUAUCACCAAACAAAUAAAAAUGUUAUUCU